CAGAUAUCUUUUUGUUUUCUGCUCCCGCAAAGGUUACCGCGGUAUGGGUUCUCACAAGAAUCCAGAGUGCGAGAGGACUAUGCGGCCAUCUACCCCGACGCGUACUACUAUUUAUCCCAGCCCUCCUCCCACGCCCAUCUCGCCUGACAAGCCAGCCAUCCCUACCCAAGAAGAAAAGCCCAAGAGAGCCGUAACCCCCCCCGACGAGAAUGACGACAAGACCAGAACAGGCACCCAGAACUCUUCCCGCAAUGAAGAAGAUCCAACAGCGGAGCCCGCUGAACUACCCCCAUGGCCUACACCCAGAAGCAUGGACAUGUUUCUUACAUCACUACUCGGAGACAAUACCUGCGGGGGCCGGACACCAAAUGGUACACCAUGUCGAAGAUCCCACCGACAUGUGGCCAAAUCUGUGGUUAACGAGGUGAUCAUAUCCUUGAAGAGCCUGCCUCCGUCCUGUCCCUCUUCAAAGCUGGCAGAAGUACUGAAGAAGCUUGCCUUGUCCCUUCAUUGCUCUAUGCACAGGAGCGAAAGGUCGCUCGAUACUCGGGUAGAGGACUGGCUCACUGAGUACUUUCCCCGUCCCGGCGACACGAUAGUCCUGAUCAAAAAGGCACUCCGAAAGCAUAAUACUAAGUGCAGUGGGACGAAGGAUGACGCCAGUUUAUGUCAAGAGCAGAUCGGGGGAAGGCAAGUCCAGGCAAUACAGUUGAUCACAGACAGAAUCUUGGAUCCCACGGUCUAUCUUCACGACGGAAGGCUGAAAGUCUGGCUGGAAAGAUUCGGCCAGAAUUCUCUUUGUCCCCAGCAUAGAGGCAAACAGCUCCAAGAGCAAGUGGCUAAGUUGAGCGCAGCUGUUACGAGCGCGCGAGACUUUCAGUUAUUGUCAGAAACAACCAGAGGCAUUUCUGAAAACCAGUAUGAAACAGAAGAACCAUGGCAAGCUCCAGGUUAUGAUACCUCUCCACUCCGUCUCGUUGCAGAUCUCAAUUUGGGCAUCGAGGGCGGCGAACUGGCCAGUAAUUAUCUUCAAACGAUCAGCAAAUGUUUGAUCCCGCGAAACCCCAAGCCAGGCUAUGUCUACGCUUAUACCGUGAAUGAAAAUGAAGCAUUCAUCAAAAUUGGCUACACCACUCGCGCUGUCUCCGUGAGGCAUGCAGAAUGGGAAUUUGAAUGCAACCGGAAGGUCAGAGGUCUUUAUCCUGAUUCGACUGCCACCGGCGCGCAGAUCCUUUAUCCCCAGCUCGUUGAAAGCAUUUGCCAUGCAGAUCUCCGGGAAGGAAGUGUUCGGGUUGACUGCAGCGCCUGUCAAAAAGAGCAUGUGGAAUGGUUCAAAAUUUCUGCGCAGAGGGCAACUGAUACCAUUGAAAAGUGGUCUCAGUGGAUGGAUCGGGUGGCCUGUCGGCCCAACUGGAAAAAUGAAGUGAAGGCGAGGGUGCGCGGUACUUCAAACCUUGCAGUAUCGUUGCACGCAUUAAUGCAGCUUUCCCCAGCUACUGGCAAGUAAAAAUAGCGGACAAUCUGUCUCGAUAACGACGGUCUUUGACCCAGGCUUGCUGUCUUUUUGGUGUACUCCG